UUCUCCGAAGAUAAGGGACAUUUGCUACACAGAGCCCGUGUCUCUAGCCUAUAUCUCUCUGAUUAUCAAAAUUACUACAGUCAUGAGCAAUUCUUUAAUGCACCUGCUUUUAUUACCAACGCGACUAAGCUUAUGGAUUCUCUCUUUAGUAUAUUACAUUCUCGUGUACGGCACAGCUGGAAUCACCGCUUGUUUGGUUCUGAUCCGAAUUGCCUGGACUGGAUUUAGGGAUCCAUAUGGAACCUUUCAAUGGACCGCUCGAAAGAGACCCCCAGACUGCCUAAAAGACCCUGCACUUGGUGACCAUGCGUAUCUGAAGGGCAGGAGCUCAGGCUUGAGGUUUCAUUAUGUAACCAAAGGAGACCACAGAAAGCCUCUAAUGCUGUUUCUUCAUGGUUUCCCAGAAAACUGGUACUCCUGGCGUUACCAAUUACAGGAAUACAGUAGUCACUACCACACGGUGGCGCUAGAUCUGCGUGGCUGUGGAGAUUCUGACGCACCAGUCCAGCUGGAGGAAUAUUCACUGGACACACUCUUAUAUGACAUCAGAGACACCAUCGAUGAACUGGGUCACACAAGUUGUAUAUUGGUGGGGCAUGACUGGGGUGGGAUGCUGGCAUGGCAUUUUGCACUGGAAAGGCCAGACAUGGUGCAACGUCUCAUUGUCAUGAACGCUCCUCAUCCUGCCUCAUGGUUGGACGCCGUUCUGAGAAGACCCUCGCAGCUGUUGCGCUCAGGACAUGCAUGUUUCUUCCAGUUACCAAUGCUGCCUGAAAUUGUUUUGUCUCUUGAAGAUUUCAAGUUGGUUCGAAGUCUAUUUUGUGGCAAGAAUUUGGGCAUCAGGAACAAAUCCAGACGACUGACUGAGACCCAGCUGGAGGGGUACCUAUACCGGCUUUCCCAGCCCGGAGGAUUCACAGGCCCUCUGAACUACUUUCGUUCUCUUCUCAGUAACACUCUGUACAAGCAUCAGGAUGUCGGUGUGCCCUGCAUGCUAAUUUGGGGUGAGGCAGACAAUAUACUGGUUGAGGGCAUGUCUGGUGGAACACGGCCUUAUGUGAGGGGUCCGGUUGUCAUUCACACUAUUCCCGAUUGCAGCCACUGGGUACAACAAGAUCAACCUGAGAGAGUCAACAAGCUCAUAUGGGACUUUGUUCUGGAUAAAGACAUCAUAAAACACAAUCACUGAUUGCCUUUGACGCAAAGAAGUUAUUAUUUUGAGUUAUUAGCUCUAGCAAGGUUUCUGGUUUUCACUUACAAAAUAACUACUUGCAUUUUGUCUGGUUUGUCUUAAAUUAAGUUAAAAAAAAAAUAAUAAUAGUAAAUAAAUAAAUAAAAGGUUUGAGGCCUGUUCAGUAAACUGUCUCAGGCAAGGGAGAAAAUGUAUGUUGUAUAAAUUAUUAUGUCUGGAAAUAUUUAAAGGUAAAUGCAAAGUUUUCUUCCAAAAGUUA